GGCCGUCAGUACAUGAUCGAUCUAUGUAACAUUCAAUCCAGUUUUCAUUGGCUGCACUGCGUUACCAUUUAACACUUGAACAGACUCGAGAACCAUCGGACCAUUGAGUUUUACGUUGUAAAUCAACACAUGCCUUUCUUGGAUUUUUGAAAUCUUCCAGAAUUGUCAAGAUGCCGAUCUUGGAGAUCAACACUACUACUAAGGUAGCGGAUAUCCCAUCCGACUUUCUGGUGGAGACUUCUAAAACUAUCUCCGAGAUGAUUGGCAAACCAUUGCAGUCUAUUGCAGUGUAUUUGCACCCAGAACAGCUCAUGGCAUUUGGGGGUACCACCGACCCGUGCGCCCUUGUCAGUUUGAGUAGUGUUGGCAAGAUUUCACAGGAUGAGAACAUCAAGUAUGCCAAAGUCAUCACAGAAAUUGUGGGCAAGCUGGGCGUUCAACCUGACAGGAUGUACAUUAUCUUUACAGACCUGGUCAGGGACAACGUUGGAUUAAAAGGAACCACCCUUUCGGGUCUUGAUAAACUUGCUGGCAAAAAAUGAAGUUGUGAAUGAUAGUCACUAUCAUCAGUGAUAAAGGCAAGUUAGUGUAGCCGCGAAAACUGACACAAUGGGGAUUAACUAUGCAAACUAAACUAAGUUCAGGAUCUUUGAAAGGAAAAGUCGCGAGGAAAGUGAGUGAACUGAAUUGCGGUUUGACCAUGUGGCAGCUUAUAUAGGGGGAACAAACAGGGGGAUACACUACCAAGAAAGGGGCGGGGAGUCUUAAGUAAAACUAACAAGAUUUUUUUUUUCUAAGGGGAGUUACUCCUAUUUAAUACACUACAAACAUAUAAAAAAUUGUAACUAAAACUUGGCCCUGCCACAUUAGCGACCAGUGGCAAUCAAGAAUUUGGCUGAGCAGAAAUGAAUUGACCGAUCCAUGAAAGGGUCAAUGUAAUGUCAUUUUUUAAUGCACCUAAGUGUCUCAUUUAAUUCUAUUUUCAAUUUUUGUUUUGCCAUUUUCCAGGGUAUUUUGGUGUCUUUUUUGGUUUCUAUGCUUAUGCAAAUUUACAUGUUCAUGAGCUGUUGUAAAUAUUCUUUUCUUUGGUGAUUUUAUUGUCGUGUCAGUACAUGGAAUGCGUAGCUGCAACAUGCAUUUUGGCUUUUGAAGGGUGCAAUUAUUGGCAACGUGCACGUACAGUGAGCUGAGUAGGGCUUACUGGGUCCGUCUAUUGAUAUUGGUUUUACAGAAGUUAUAAUCAUGGCAGUGGAUUGAUUCUUUUUACUUGAUGGCCUUAGUGUCAUGUUUAAGGAAUGGUGCACAAAUAACAGUACUUUAAAGGCUAUUUUAAGAUUUCCUUCUUCCCUUGCAUAAAAUCCUUCAAAAAUGGCUUCAAAUUUCAGGUACCAAAUGUGUGUGUUAAACGUGAUGAGGGUAAUGAAUUUUUUUUAAAUAUCGAG